AUGUACAGCGAAGUGUUGCACGACAGGAAUGGUGAUCUUCAUGCUUUCUACCUGGGUGGACCAGGAGGAGGACUGCCGAGGGGGGUUGCUGCUGCUAAUGUGUAUGGCUUUGCUCCUAUGACAGUGCGGGAGUACUCCAACUUCAUGAGGAUUGGUCGAACACAGGCUGCUGCGGAAAGAGCUGCUAGAGGGAUAGUGCCCCCUCCAGUGGCACCACCGGCAGACCCUGCUGCACCAGCUGGUGCAGGUGCAGCGCGUGCAGCUGCAGCUGCAGCUGGUCAACUUUGGGUGUUGGGGGAAAGCAUUGGUCAGAAGAAAAUUGGUGACAUAGUUGAUGUACCUGCGGGGGCGCCUUCUCUGGGUGAUGUGGCUUUGGUGCAAAUGGUUGAUUCAGACGGGCAAACUAGGGUGGUGACUGCUUUUAGAGUUUCUGCCGAUGAAGUAGCUCAAUUCUGUGAAGACCGUGUUCAGCAACUCAGAUCAUGUGAGGCCUGUGAAGGUAUUGAUAGGAUUGUUGCCGAUGACAUCCGCACUUUAGCAGUGAAGUACGGAGCAAAUGGGGAAAGGCGUCGAGGUUUUAAGGAGACGGUGGAUGAGAUGACCACCACAGAAAUGUCCGACUUCCCCUUCGAACCUCGCACUUGUCUUCCUUAUCUUCAGGCUGUGCAGUCGAUAGCGGAAAGCAAUUUUGCGCAGCACCUGGCAUGGGUGCAGCAGUCCAAGAUCCCAGAGGGCUCUCGAGCAGUGUAUGAGGAUGAGGCCUUGGCUCAGAUCUUAGAUGUGGCCAUAUGCUACGAUUGUCUUUGUGUCAGCAACUUGGCAUCGUUCGAAUUGCUGGUGCGCAGACGUGGUAUAGUGGUGCCUGCUCUCACUGAGCAUGUGGCUCGCAAGCUCCAUGCUGAUGCACAGAUUAUGAAGCAGAAAAGAAAGAUCGAGGAGUCGAAGGGUCGUGGAAAAAGUGGCAAGCCGUCGAAGCCAGCACCCAAAGGUGCUGCAGAGGGAGCCCUUAGUGCGCUCCGGGCGCCUGUCUCUGGCUACUCUGAGCCGGAGAAUGGUGUGGGAUCGGUCGUCAACAUGGACCUGAGUCAAAUGUCCCUUCCUGAUGGUCAGGUGGCUGGGGUUUCAUUGCUUGAUGGCUUGCAAGGGGAAGUUCAUUCUGUUGUUCACAAUUUUGAGGAUUUCAUGCUACAGGACGCUGAUACUUUCAUGACUUUAUCCGAUGAGAUUAGUAAGGUCCCUCCUUAUAACGACCCCCUUUUGGCUAGCCGAUCUGGAUACAUCAACUUUUUGAAGCACCUCUUUCAGUGCGGAGUCCUUUCACAUACCUCAACAUGCCGUGGUCGUGUAGGUGCAUUUUGCGUUGCCAAAAAGCCGAAAGUCAUCAACAAUGUACUUCAGAACAGGCAGCGUUUGGUUUUGGAUUGUCGUCAGACCAACCUUAGCUUCAGGGAUCCCCCUAUGACUGAACUGGGAAGCCUGGCGGCUUUGGGGCAGAUGACUUUGGAUCCAGAGGAUACCUUGUACAUGGCUUCCGCAGAUAUCUGUGAUUGCUUUUAUGCUGCAAACUUGCCACCAGGUCUCUGCUCCUUCUUCUGCUUUAAGAGUGAUGUCACAGCUGCUGAGGCUGACUUCAUUUCGGGCGGUGUCUGGGAAGUGAGUGAUGGUCAGCGUAUUUGUCCAUGUAUUUCGGUAUUACCCAUGGGUUUUAGCUGGAGCUGCUUCCUUAUUCAAUGCCUACAUGACCAAGCGACGAUGCGAGCUCUGCAGGUUGAUCGAAGUGCUUUGGUAUUAGAUGGUCAACCCCCUCCCUCUCUUGGUGAACGUGAUUGCAUUGCUAUGCCCUACAUUGAUAAUGUUCACUCCAUGUCCACCAAUCGUGCGCGCUGCCAGGAUGGGUGCGAUCUCAUCUGUGAGGAGCUGAAGAGUUUGGGCUUUGACCUUCAUGAGGAGACCCCGGCUUCAACUCAGCUUAGCACACUUGGUGGCUUCAUUGACGGAGUGAAGGGUGAAGUAAGGGCUACUAGUCAACGUAUGUGGAGAGUGUCGAUUGCCUUCUCUUAUAUUGCUCAUGCGGUGGUUUCCCCAAAACUGGUUCAGAAGUUGAUGGGUCAUGCUAUGACUAUUUGCAUUAUGAAUCGGUGUGGCAUGUGCAUUUUUAGGAAGCUCUAUGAUUUUAUUGAGAAGGGUGAGACUCGCAGAUUGUCAUCUUCGGAAAGGGAUGAAGCUUUGAACUUUGUGGGAUUCAUUCCUCUUCUCUAUUCUGAUUUGCGACUUCCGUGGUCGGACACAUUGACAUGUACUGAUGCAUCCCCGGAGGGGUAUGGCAUUUGCGAAUCCUCUUGCGCGGUGCAGGAGGCCAAGAACUUGGGAGAGUGGUGUGAGCGUUGGAGAUUCAAGACUGCGAAGCUGGGCAAGUGGCGUGAUUGCUCUGAGCAUAUUACCAUCAAAGAAGGCCGGGCUUUGGUGUUGGCGCUGCGUAGAUCAGCCCGGGUCCUUACCAGAAAUGUUGCCAUCCUGCCUUUGUGUCAAAAGCCGACGAGCCGAGUGAUUCCCAAGAAAGAGGUGAUAGUUCACAAGAAGACUCAGAGAUCUCUGAGUCGUGCAAGCCUAGUGACCACGGAAAAGAAUGUUGCGAAGAAGGCCACACUGAAGAGAUUGCUACCUUCAGAGUGGCCCGUGUCAGCAGUGAAGAAGAGAGCAUGUCGUUCCAUCCAGGGUGUGAAAAAAGAUAUCACUUUGGACGAGGACUCAGUGGGCACAAGAGCUCAAACUCAGAGAAUGACAGUGCUGGAGCAGAAGAGCAUUUCCAAGGAAUGCAGAGGGCAAUACGCCCAAUACCUCGAGAAGUUCAAGGCCUUCUGUCGGGAGAGCGCGGUCCAAUGGCCCCUCUCAACAGAAGAGGCCGAUCUAGUCAUGGCCGACUACAUGGAUGUGAUGUUCAUCGAGAAACGGGCGGCUCACGAAGGAGAAAAAACCUUAGCUGCCUACGAGUUCCAGUUCAUGAAGCACAAGGGUUUGAUGGUGAGGAGCCGCAGAGCCUUGCGAGGGUGGCGGAAAAUCACCCCAGCAACUUCCCGACUGCCACUGCCUCAGAUCAUCAUGGCCGGAAUAGCAAUGGAGAUGGUGGCUGCAAACCUGAAGAGCAUGGCAGUGAUGACCAUGAUUGCAUUCCACAUGUAUCUACGUCCAGGCGAGGCAUUGGAGCUUUGCAAAAGGCACAUAGUGCCCCCUGUGCGCAUGGCUGGAAAUCAAUUCGCUUGGGUGAACAUCAUCAUUCGAGAUCAAAUCGGUCAGAAACCCGACAAAGUGGGUGUGUACGACAACAGUCUGCCUUUCGAUGUCAAGGAGCACCAGUGGAUAGGUCAGCAGGCAUUGUCGCUGGCCAAAGCGUUGAAAAGUCCCAACGAUCGGCUGUUCACAUUCACAAUGGAGGAGUUCAGGAAGACUUUUACUCGACUGGGAGCCAAGUUGGGGGUGAUGAACUUGCACCCCUAUCAAUUGCGUCACGGAGGUGCGACACAGGACCUGACCUCUCAUGUGAGGGACUUCAACGGCGUGAAGAGCAGAGGCCGCUGGAAGACAGAUUCCUCCGUGAGGAGGUACGCCAAAGUGGGCCGUGUGCAACAACUCUUGAACCAGCUUCCGGACAGCAGUCGCAGUUUUUGCCUGUGGAGCCACAAGAACCUGGAGAAAGUUUGCACAGGUCGUUGUCCACCUCGAACCGUGAGCGCUUAG